AUGUACGGUGCCGGGAUCUUCGAUGCCGACCUCGCAGGCCUCGAGGGUCUUGCCCAGGCCGCCCAGGCCGCUGGCGGCCCUGAGACUGCACCUGAAGCCGGCGGCGAAGCCGCCGUAGACGGGGCCGCUGGCGGCGAGCCUGCAGCGCAGGGGCAACAGCUAGACGCAGCGAGACUUGCGUCGGCGCGCUUGAUUCAGCCAGGCUCUCUCCAGUACUCCAUCCCGAGUAUGUGGCCCAAGGGCGCUGGCGCACCGAAGAAGCCUCGCCGGGCAGAGCUGCGCGCAGAGAUCAAGCGGCGCGACGCGACGGCAAGGCCUAGCUACUGGUCCGAGCCGCAGUGCUACCAAUGGCUGAUGGCGCACGCGAUCCCCGACGAGGCGGCUACAGCAGAUGCGGCAGCAGCGGCGCCGGCACCGGCACCAGCCGCCGUAGCAGCACCUGCCCCCGCAGCAGCGCCUGACGCUGCGCCCGUCACCGAGGACGAGGCAGCGCCGGCGGCUGCCAAGCGCUGGGUGAAGGGCAGGCACCUGACUCGCCUCGCCCACUCCAUUGUCGCCAACAAGGACGCCUUCCUGCAGCGCAAUGCGCCGCGCACACGCGCCGAGAUUGACGGUGCUGCCAAGGACUCGGCCUUUCAGGAUAUCGCGCUCACCUUCAACAGCCCGGAGUUCAAUCCCGUGCUUCACGUCAGCGCUUUCGACAGCGACAUGUUCGAGGAGGCGUCGCUCGACCCGACCUACAACGGCUUGAUCAUGGAUGCGGAGAAGCUCGCGGCCAAGUUCAAGGAGGCGCGCACCUUGCUCAUGAAGGCGCUGCACAACUUCCGCACGUCAGGCAUGGGCGAUUGCGCCGACCCGGACAAGCUCGCCGAGGACAGCACCAAGGUCUACUCGAACAACUUCCGCAACUUUGUGCACGACGAUGCGGCCUUGCUCUACUUCUACUGCGUCCUCAUCUCGUACGACCUUCUCAAAUCCGCUGUGCAGGACAUGCCCCCGGGAACUGGCCACCACGGCACGAGCAAGCGGCGCGCGUCGGACCCUCUCCCCAAAGACAGGAAGAGAAACGACAAGCGCGCAAACAUGCAGCUUGAGCUGCUGCGGGCGCUAAAGGAGCCAGCGCAGGUCGCGCCGGUGCAGGUCACGGCGAGGGCCAAGACGGAGCAGGAGCAGCGGUUCGACUUUUUCGUUGCCGAGUCCGCGAGAAUGCAGGCGCAUCGGGGAAAGAUGGAGCUCGAGACGGUUUACGAGGAGGCACUUCGCCAGACCAAGAAGUCCAUCGCGGAGUACGAGGCUCUCGGCGAGGAGGUGCCCGGUCGGCUUGUGGCGAAGGCAAAGCGUCUCACUGAGCAGCUGGACAAGCUCGAGGAGGAUAUGCCCGAGCCGACCUUUGUCGACCCGCCCGCUGCGCGUGCUGCGCCCUCUGCUGAGCAGCACCAGCAGCCUCGCUCCACCACCACCGCCGCCGCGGAGGAGGAGAGUGGCGAGGAGAGUGGGGAGGAGGGUGAGGAGAGUGAGGAGGGCGCUCUGGACGCUGCUCCACCGGAGAAGCGGCAUGAGGCCCUCGCCGCCCUCGCCGCUCUUCGCACCGCGCUGCAGCCCGCGGCGCCGCCCGACGAACCGGCGCCGACCGCGCCGCCAGACAUGUUCUUCGCCGUGGGCGACUCGUGCCGGCCCUCCGCCGGCGAGCACGCGAUCGCUGCGCUGUCAAUGCUCCUCUUCCUCGAGCCGCGGCCGCUCGUGCGCUGGCGCACGCGUGUGCUCGAGCAGAGAGAGGUGUACCGGCUCGCGCCGCACUGGGCGGCGCCUACCGACUGGCGCGUCGGCAGCGACCGGCCGCUCGAUGUGCUCAACGAGGCGCUGCUCAAGGCCCGCUCGCACAAGGGCACGCUCGCCGUCGCCGUGCACAAGCUCGGCCUUUGCGCGUCGUGCCCGCAGCUGCGUGAGAUGGAGACGUACUUGAAGAACGUCAGAGACGAGAACAGCGUCCUCCGCAUCAAAGCGCUCAAAGGCCGCUACCAGAAGCGCAGCGUGCUGCUCGCCGUGCCCGCCGCCGAGCUGCUCGAGCUCUCCCGCGUGCGGCUCGAGCUGCUGCUCAUGGAGGCUGCCGCCGCCGCGAGCCCGCCGCCCGUCAAGGAGAUGAGGAAACCGGAGCUGCUUGCGGCUCUCGAGGACUCGCAGGCCAGGCGGCGCGCCGUCGGCGCGCAGCGCGACAAGCUUGCGCACCAGCUGCGGACGGCGGCGGCGCAGCGCGCCGCCGCCGUCGCGAAGGUGCAGGCGGCGACCAAGAAGAAGUUGGAGCGCGUCCGCGCUGCAGAGGCGGAGCGCGCUGCUGCCGUGCGCGCCCAUGCCAUUAAAGCCGCGGAGGGCGUGCUCGCCGGGCGGCUCACGCAGCUCAAGAACUGGCGCAACCGGGCGAACGCGCGCGCGCGCUCCGCGGAGGCCAAGCUCGACGAGGAGACCAAGAAGAUUUCGAAGCUGCGCUCGCGCGCGAUGCACGAGCCGUCAGGCGACCCCAGUGGCCAGGUGGGGCAGCGGGCUGCCGAGGGCACACUGACAGGGGCGGCCGAGGCACACGCCGAGGGUGGCAGGGGCGGCAAGAUGGGACAGUCGGAGGAGAGCCAGCCUCUGGUCGGAGGCUCGACCAGCCGGCCUCGCGGCGGCGGCGGCUUUGGCGUCAAGAGCGUCGCCGCCGUGUGCGCCGUGAUGGCGCUCUAUCUGCUCGCACCGUACUUGCGUCCGUCCGCGCAGCUGCCGGGCAACACGGUCAUUAGCAUGAAACCGGCGCCGAGCCUCACCUACCGCGACGAGAACGAGCGGCUGCGCGAGCAGAUCGCCGAGCUGCAGGCGAAGCUCAAGAAGCGGCAAGAGGCAAAGGACGAGAAGGAGGUGGCGCAGAUGGGGGCGGCGGCGGCUGCGGCGGCGGAGCUGCAGCGUCAGGCGCAGCAGCCGCCGCAGCAGGCGGUAGCCUCUCACCCUCCGGAGACGGCCUCGCAUCCUCCGGCCGCCUCCAACGCCUCCGUCGGCAGGGCGGCGUACCGGCUCACGCGCGAGCUGAUCCGCUCGCGCUGCAACGCGCACAACAUCAUCCUCGUCACAUUCGUCAACUUUCAGCGCUGCGACUACGGGCUCACCUGGUCGGGGCACGUCGUGCGCCUCGGCCUGUCCAACUACCUCGUGGGCGCGAUGGACGGCAAAGCGCUCGAGCUGCUGGCGAGCAAGAAGGUGCCGACCUUCGACAUGGAGUCGGGACUUACCACUGCGGACUACGGCUGGGGCACGAAGAACUUCCGCAAGCUCGGCUUGCGGAAGUGCGAGCUCAUCCUCUCUCUCCUCUCCGCCGGCGCCGACCCAAUCGUCACCGACGCAGACGCGCUCAUCACGCGCGACCCGACGCCGUUUGUGAUGAGGCUGCGGCCAGAGGCUCAGGUGCUCGUCACCUCCGACCACCUGAUGGCCACCGACGACGCCGCCGCCGAGUCGCUCGAGCUCCCGAAGAGAGCCUCGUCCUCCGCCUGGAACAUCGGCUACUUCUACCUCCACCACUCCGCCCUGCCGGCCAUCGCGCACUGGAAGAGGAUGUGCGAGGAGCACCCCGACCUGUGGGACCAAAACCUGUUCAAGGACGUCUUCAAGAUUGGGCGGCUUCGCUUCGAGACCAGCGGCGCCGACGCCAUCCCGCAGGCCGAGGUGGACAAGCGCCUCUUCCGCGGCUACAACGGCACCGUCACCAUCGGCAUCCUGCCCGUCGCAACCUUCUGCGGCGGCCACACCUAUUUCGUGCAGCGCAUGCCGCAGCGGCGCGGUGUCGUGCCCUACUCGGUCCACACGACCUUCCAGUACUCUGGCGCCGUCGGCAAGACGCACCGGCUGCGCGAGGCGAUGCUCUGGGCGGACGACGCCGCCUACUUCGACCCCCCCGGCCGCUCCUUCCUCACGUACGUCCCGGUGGUGCGGCGCGAGCUGCUGCGGCCCGCCGGCGUGAUGGGCGUGGCGGCGCACUUUGAGGUGGUCCACCACCAGCUGGUGCAGCUGCGAGCCGCCUUUCUGCUCGCGGCGCGCCUCGGCCGUCUGCUGAUCGUGCCCCCGCUGACGUGCGGACUCGACCGCUUCUGGGCGCCCCACAACGGCACCAUCCCCGGCUCGGACACGAGGCUGCCUGUCGAGCCUUGCCCGCUCGACCACGUGCUCGACCUCGAGAACGGGAUCUCGAAGCACGCGCUGCCCGACUCGAGGCUCGCGAGGGACCCGGCAGGCCGCCCGCUCGGCGGCCUCGAAGGCGUGCUGCGAGAGUUCUCCUUCCUCAACAACUCGCGCACCCCGGACGCGGUCCGCCAGUCGCUCGCUUUCCCCGACCCGCCCGCCGACCUCUCCGCGGCGUCGCUCGCGCCGCUCGCCGCCGCCACCGCGCGCGUGCUGCACUUCGCGCGGAUGCCGGACCUGUACGCCACGCUGCCGCCGGCGGACGCGACGCGCGUGCGGCAGGAGAUGAUGUGGUACACCACGCUUUGGUGCUGCUCCAAACCCGCGGCGCCGAAGACCCCGGGCCACAUCUUUUACGACAUGUUUUUCGACGUGGUGCCGCACACGGACAAGUCGCGGAGAGAGUGGACCGAGCCGUGGACGCCAAAGUUUGGCCCCUGAGCCUAGACGACGUUCGGACCGUUCCCCUGACCUCGAGCGUCCUCCACUGGGCAUGCAGCACACGCACACACACGUCAGGGAGGAGACGGACCCCUGGGAAGUCAGCCCACGCGCGCGUCUGCUGAGUGCCCUCCCCAGAGUCCAUGUCUUCCUUGUGAGACGAACUAUGUGCAUAGAGAGU